AUGAAGACUCUCGUGCUGGCCAUCGCGGAGCGAUACCCGCGAUCGGUCUGGUCGAGGUUCCGGCAACUGAUGCGGCAGCCGAGGGAUGAGAGGAAGCGACGCGACAUGGCGGUCUGCGCGGUGCUUCUAGCGGUGAGAUUUCUCACUCGAAACACGAUGAUAACUCGCGGUUCGUACCGCCUAUGUACCGAGGAGGAGAUCGACAACCAGUUCUUCAAGUACACGACUGCCGGAUGGCCUUUCUCUCGACUCGUCGACCUUGCCUCGGACUCCCGGCUGGUACAGAAACCAGCCCUAUCCGUCCUCUACGAGGAAGGGGAAACUGCUCCGAGGACGAUCGACAGCGAAACAACGGUGACCCAAGCAGUGCUCGUCCCCAGCGUCGUGUCGAUAGCGACCAAAAUUAUCGACAGCAACAGCGACGACGACCCUAGAGUGGCUUCGGGGUCUUCGUGCGACGAAACUACCUCGUGCAGCGAAGGUGGCAAAAGCAGGGUGGCAGCGGGGCUCAGUAGCACCAGCAGUAGAAUGAACAGUAGUACCGGAGGAGGAAGGAGUUCGGGCUGGGGGGGAGUACAAGGAACAGGGCCACCACGGCAGCAGCCGCAGCCGCAGCCGCCGGAGCAGCAGGAGGAGAGAUGGACGGUUGGAGCUUACGUUAUCGUUCGCGGGUCCGUAAACCUAUAUAUCCUCGAGAGAUGGAAAGCGUGCCGCCUGGGAGCUGGAGCUCUGUUUGGCGACCGUCCUGAGGCGGGAUCAAACCCAACAACAACAACUGGCGUGUCGCAGCCGCCAGAGGCGGCGACGGAGCCGCCGGGGGCUGGUCCCGCGCUGGAGACGGCCGUCACAGCAGAGGAGACGGAGCUGUUGGAGAUCGGGGUCAACACGUACCGGAGGCUUUUGGCGGCCGGCGUCAGGGAGCGGGAAGGCCGGGCGGUGGCCGUGUUGAGAGCGACCGGGGCAACGAACGGCGUCCCGACACAGGCCCUAGCUCGCAUCUGCCGCUACGCGACAGAGCGCAGCGCCGGCCCGCAACUCGCCAACCCACCUCUCCUGAACCCUCCGUUGGGCCACAUAUUUUCGGGACAUGAGCAAGGAAAAGAUGAGUCGGCCUUCGGUUUCCCUAGGGGUAUUGACAAUGGCAAUGACUACAACGACAGCAUCAUGUGCCGACAAGGAACGUUCCGAGGAACUGUAUUCUUCGUCAUGGAGGGGCACGGGGAAGUCGUACUAGGCGGCGGUGAGACGCAGAUAUUUGAUGGUCGCCAUGAGGAGGGCGGCGGCUCGUCCACCGAGAGUCUCUUGGCCGCCACCGCGUUUGGGAAUAGGCGAGCUCCUAAGAACAGAAGAACGCGCGGCCGCCAUCAAGACACCCAUGUUGGUAGCAGCUCUGGUGGUGGUGGCGGUGGUGGUGGUGGUGGUGGUGGUGGUCGUGAAGGUGACGGAGGCGGAAGCACUACAGGGAGGCAAGAAUCGACCAGUGGCUUUCAGGAGGAUGACACGUCUGUUGGAGAAUCGUCAGUGUUGACCUGGACAGGAAUGGUGAGUGGAGCGGGGACACCAGCAGCAGCAGCUGUAGCGGCGAUGAAACCGGAGCAGGAAACAGCUGCGACCGCUGUCGAUGCAGACUCAGCAGCGUCAACAGACGGCUACCCGCAAGGGCUGAUACCAAACGAACAUCACGGAAAGGGGCGAGAUUCGGGGGAAUCGACGCCGAUCCCGUCCGCCGCGGCGUUGUCAAUUUCGUUCGCAGAAGAGCAAGAUCGGGCUGAUGGGGACGGCGGCAGUAGCGGAGAGGGUUGGGGGCCAAGGUCGGCAGUCUCUGCCGGUUGGCAAGGACCGCCGGAUCUUCCAGGAUCCACUGCCACGGCCGGUGGCACCACCCCUGCCACUACCGCCGCUGCGCAUGGCCGCUCCGACAUCACCGGAACCGGUAUCACCGCAGCAUUAGAGUCAUCCGUGGCAUCGAACACGACGGCCCAAGCCAUGGCCGUAGCCGCGGCACCGGCAGCAGCAGCUUCCACACCACGAGUACCGGACGGCUCCGGCACCAAGCACAGGGAUGGCUCCUCGGUACGACUACGGCCCGGCCUCGUCUCCAUCACCGACCCUUCGGCCAUAACCACGGACCCGGCGUCGGCGGUGCCGGCACCGGUGUUCCCGAGCUUGCACAAAGCGUCGCUUGUUGCGGGGCCCGGCGGACUGAGAUGUCUCACGGUGAGGCUGGCGGUGCUGCAAAAGGUCUGCCCGCCGGUGUAUCACCGGCUGGCGAGGGUCGUCUCUGAGAGGUACUCGGAAUGGAUGACGGAGGCCAGACGCAAGAACGAAGAGGACUGGCAAGAAAGCCUCGAGAGCGAGUCGGUUCACUCUCUCAGCAGGUCGUUCUACGACAGCUUCGCCAAGGUGGACUGCAGCGGCAGUGUUGCCGGCAAGGGGGCCAAUGACGUGGAGUCAUCCGUGGGGUGGACAUCCAGUGCCGAAGGCGGUCGCGGAAGCAACAGCGUCCUCGGUUCCGGUGAUCGGGCCGGCAGCGACGGAGACGAGGGUACCAUCGAAGCAGCCACGCUAGGGAUGGCCUCGUCGAACUCCAUCUCUGCAUCGGGUAAGAGCAACAAGAGCAUUUUCGAACUCAGCCGGAGGUAUGUUGGACUGGCGCUUUGCUCGUCGGCCCGCAACGUCGUCCCGGUGCGUCUCGGCCGGGUGCUCGUGCCGGCGCAGCGAAACACGCCUUCAUCUUCAACCAGUCCGCACCGCAGUCGACAGAGGCGACCCGUUCCACCUCCUCCAGUAACCACGGUCUUAAGCAGCAACAGCAACACCAGCGACGAUGGCGGGACAGCUCACCGACGAGUUAGCCCACGCUCCAAAGCCACCUUUUCGGUGAUCUCUAGGGCUGCCCGUCGCCACUGCUUCGCUCCUCCUGCUCCCGCAAGUGCUGCCGGUGCUGGUGUAGGGAGUCACGCCCCUUCUACUGGCACGAUUACGGACGGCCAACAAGCGGCCGAUCAAACAAAAACAAUGUCACCUCCGCGCACCAACACCGGCCCCAUCUCCACGGGUUCGGCGCCCGUCUACCACAAGCACCAUCAGAGUCCACGAGGUACCGGAGGCUCUCUAGACAACACAGGAAAGGCCAGUGUUCAUUCUUGCGGUGGUUUGGUGACCGGCAGCGGCGGUACUGUCUUCGCCGGGAGCAGUGGUGGACAUAGCGGUGGUGACGGUGGCGGCGGCGGCGGCAGCGUCUGCAGUCGUGGACACCGCUGUGGUAGCAACCUCGCACGAGGGGUAACGGUGCCUUCGGAGCGGUUAGGCACAGAGUGGGCAGCAGCCAACGUGUCAAACCUGUUGGUGAAGUAUCACCAAGUUGAAAUCUACGACUGCCCAGUGUCCCCGUUCUCGGACCCCCCUUCCUGGGUGGAUAUCCCCCCCUUGGCGGUGAUGGAGCCACCGGGGCACUCGCCGCGGUCGAGCACCCCGACCUGUGCAGCGGCUAGCAUCGUAGCGGCGAUGCCGUCAGGCGAACAUGCACCGGAAGUAAGCGGAGCUAGCCCAGCCAACGAAACGGCAGCUAGUCCCCCGUCUUCGCCGCUACACGUGGAGGAUAGAACACCAACGGUGGCUGCGGCGGUGGCGACCCGGCCCGCUGAAAAGACAGUAUUCCAGAUCGUCACUUCUCGGCGUCGCCCGAGCUACGGUUGGGGGUGGAAACGCCCUCCGGGGCAGAAGGGCGGGGCACGGAAAAGAGUAGUAAUCCCGGGAAGCACGGCGGUGCCCUCGCCGUCACUGCAUGGGUGGGAGCGGCCGGGCCGGACUAACAUGAGCACGGUUCCACCGACCUCGUAA